AUGGAGAGCCUGAGUGAACUGCAAAACCCACUGCUGUCCAGGAGCCCUGCCCACCUCCACAGCCCCUAUCCCUACCCAGAGUCCCCAGCCAGCUGGUCCUGCCAGGAGAAGCUCUACUCCUACCUCCUGGGUGGUGCUGGCCCCACUCGUCCCCAUCAGCUCCUGGACCCAGGAUCCCUGCAGCUGGCAGUGGAGGCCUGGUACAGGCCCAGCUGCCUCCUAGGGAGGGACAAGGUCAAGGAGCCCAGGGCAGGCAGCUGUGAGACAAGCUUUACAGAGGCUGGAGACCCCCAGGUGGGACCCCCAGACCAGUGUGCAGAACCUGGCCAAGCUGAAGAGGAUGUCACCAUCCAGACUGUAUCCUACGGCGUUCAAGAAGAGCUGCAGGUCCAGGAGGACACCCAGGAGGAGGAGGAGAGUGAUGCCAUCUCAACGGAGAGUGAAAGUGAAGACAACUUCCUCACACUGCCUCCCAGAGACCACCUUGGGCUCACCCUCUUCUCCAUGCUCUGCUGCUUCUGGCCACUGGGCAUUGCUGCCUUCUACUUCUCCCAGGGGACCAACAAGGCCAUCUCCAAAGGGGACUUCCGCCUGGCCAGCACAACCUCCCGCCGGGCCCUCUUCCUGGCCACUCUGUCCAUCGCUGUGGGGGCUGGUCUCUAUGUGGCAGUGGUGGUGGCUCUGGCAGCUUACAUGUCCCAGAAUGGCCAUGGCUAG